AACCUUUUUUAUUUUUAUUUUUAUUUUUAAUCCUCAACCCAGCUCAUUCCCAUCAACCCACUCAACUUCCCGCACCACCCCGUCAACCAAAACUUCACCACAUUCUCACCCACACCACACACACACACACACUCACUCGCUCACUCACUCACACACAUAUAACACACACAUCGCACACCACACCACACCACUUUCCACUACAGCACUACCUUUGUGCGACAUCAAUUGUUAUUAUUUAAGUAGAGACGUCAAGUACGUUUCCGCUUACAUUCAACAACCCUUCCGCGCACCCUACCCAAGUUGCCAUCAGUACAUAUCUUGUUGUUGACAACUUGCAGUAUCGUCGCAUCAAUUUAAACAAUGGGUGGUCCACGUGCCAUGUAUUGUGAAGAGGAAGACGAAGAGACUGGCAGAGUUUUGAAAAGUACCAGACGAAGUGCAAGCGUUAAGGCCUCCUCCAAGGAAAAGAACAAGGAGCACAAGGAGCGUCCCAAGAUUUCUACGACUCGCGAUCGCACAUCAAGUAAAGCUUCGAGGACAAACAGCGACUCGGGAUACUCGACAGGAGCAGUUCCUACAGGUUCCGAGAUAUCAUCACCCGAUAUGGUACAAGACGUCGAAUUCGCCAAGGAAAGCAAGAAAUCACGUAGACAGUCCAUCAGCCAAAAACGCCCUUCCAUGACAGCCGAAUCAUCCCGACCACCACAAACGAUGAAGAAUAAGGAGACUAAGGAGCAUCGCAGAUCUCUCAGCGUUAAGACUGAUGCGAAGCCAGAACACUAUGGAGCUCCAACACCAGUUACUUCCAGACAUCCUCAAACUCCCGUCAUUACACAGCCACUUGCUACAACGGUCCCUGUAAGACCUCGCGCAUUAACCCAUGCUCAAACAUACCAUGCUGGCGCCCGACCUUCCAGUUACCACGCUGCCUCCGGAUCACUAUCUUCUGCUUAUCCCCCACUGUCUGGUUCUGCAUACUUUAAACCCUCUCAUCAACAGUCGCAAUUUCAAGCACCACCUCCUUCACCAGCUUUCAGUAACAACUAUGCUGUUGUCAAUGCUCCCCAAGCUACUGGAUAUUUCCAGCCACAUGAUGCUCAACCUUCAUCGCGCUCUCUUUCCGCUCGAUUUGAACCUCAACAACAAAGGCUCUCCGCAUAUGGCAUUCGAGAUGAGCCGGCGCAAACACCUAGAAUGAUCACAGGAGGAUAUGAGCGGGAGUAUCAUUACAGUGAAGAUGAUUAUGACGAUAGCUACGGAUCCUCUGUUGAAGAUCCAAUAAGCAGAACUAUUAUGAGCAGUAUUCGCGUACCAUCUGGGCUUCCUUCAAGGACAAACAGCUCAACCGUCUCCGAGAGUAACUUUAGCAAGGCAGAUAGUACACACAGUCGCGAAAGUCAUUAUAGCGAAGUGGAAACCAGUUACAACAAGAACAAGACUAAGAAGAGCAGAGCCAGAAGGGACUCUGAAGCUAUGCCACCACCACCGCUACCUUCUGCCAAACCUGCUCUACGACGACCAACUGUCGAAAUGCCAGUCUACGAUGAUAACCUUUCUCAAUAUAGCGUUGAAGAGUACCAUGAAGAAACUCCUCGCCCAGUACAACGUCCUCGUCGACCAAGUCCUCAUCGGAACUCAAUUUCCUAUGAUGUGAGCGACCUACCAAGAGAAGCAGAGAGAUUCAAAGUUGAGACAGCCAGCAAGAACAAGCGCCGUCAAAGUUACUAUGGACAAUCAACAUCUGCUUCGUCCACUCAAGCAUCUACUUCAGGAUCAAGUGGCUAUAACGCAAAACUUUCUGCGGCAACUAAUUAUCUCGAGGAAGUUAGUGGUCCAUCUAUACCACUGACCGCCGAGGCUUUGAGAAAAGAACAGCGACGACAGGCUGCAGGUAGCAGCAGGAGCACAAAGAGCAGUGACAGUCGUGAUCUAAGUGAUUACCGAGGCACCCAAACUACUCGUACUACCCGAAGCGGUGGUGAUGAUAAUGUUACUAUUGAGGUCAAGGGUCAAGCUACGGUCACAGUUGGUGGAGCAGAGAUUCAUUGCGAGGACGGAGGAAAAAUCCAAAUCCACCGUUCAGAAAAGAUUCGCGAUGGAAGUCAAGCAACUACAUCGGAAUAUGGACAAGGACAAGGACACGGUUACGGACCUAAAUUACUUGAUGACCGUGAUCGCCGAAGCCGACUUGACCGAAGUGAUAGUCAAACAACUCGACCUCGCAUGAGAUCACAACAUUCUUACACCCGAGUCUCACCUAGACCUCACGAUAGGGAUCGAGUACCUCGUGAGCGUCGUGAGUCACCUAGACCUAGCGAUAGGGAUCGAGCCCCACGUGAACGUCGUGAGGAUUAUGAAGCUCGGGCUGCCAAUUGGGAGACAACAACUACCUCAACCUGGAUUUAAUCUUUACAAAACCAUAAUUCACUUCAAUGAGCGAUUUAUUUCUUGGAAUUCGUUUUUAGCGAUAUUUUGUUGGCGAUUUCAUAUCAUUUCUUUGAAUUAUCUUCUUUACUUUUUCUCUGUGCAUAUUGUCCUGUGGUUUUUACUUUCUCCUCUUCUUUGGGUUUUCAGAAAAGCGGAAAAAGUUUAUACCCCAAAAGCACUUUGAGAGCAAUUUUCUAUUCUAUUUUAUGCUGUUUUAUUUUCCUUAUGGUGGAAAUGGAAAUGUUUCAAUAUGAUGAAUAUACGACUGUAUGAGUUAUGGUUAUGAAUGUUUUAAAUUUCUUUUAUCUUCACUUUUAGCGAUUCUUUUGAUUCUGGUUUGAGUGUUGGGAUUAGGAUUGGGAUGAAAGACAGAUGCAUGCAUAUUUGCUAGCAAUGGCAGCAUGUAAGAUAGGAAUUUGGAGAGAUCUGUUUUAAGAAUUGGGUUUGGGCGUACAUGGCUGGUACAUGAUCUGGAAUGGUAUGAUAUUGUGAAGGAUGGGAAGGGGAAAUGGAUAAAUGGACAAAUGGAUGUAUGGGUGGAUGGAUGGAUGGAUGGAUGGAUGG